CCGGCUUAAGGGUCCGGGACUGGCACGACGGAGAAUCGCCGUGUGCCAUGGGUCCAGCCUGACGCGCAGAUCGUCUCCGUUCCAAAAAAAGAGGAAGGCGCCGGAGGACGUGGCGGGAGACGCAGCACGCGCGGAGACCACGAUGAGCUCGGAGCUCGAGUUCAUUGCAGAGCCUAUAGGAAUUUGGUGAUUGCGGAAAUUUAUAGCAUCUUGCUUUCCAAUUUCCACCAACUGUGGGUCCAACCUGAGUAAAUAUAAAGAGGCAAUUCAAUGAUUCAUCCCCAGCUUAAGCUGCAACACACACAAACACACACCUGAGAUCCUUUGUUUUGAGCGCUUCUUUCUGAGACUAGAGUUGAACUGCUGGGUGACCUGUUGAAACAGCUGGUUGAAACCAUCGCAAGUUGAUGCAAUUGAACUGCGAUGCUGUCAGAGGUGGUAUCGAAACAGUCAUGCUGAGUCAUGUUGUGCAGUCAUGCUGUCAAGAUGUGCGGAUCCCACCCGUUUGUUUCGGAGAUGGACCCGUGUCAUCGUAGUUCACCGACGCAGUUUUCUCAUCGUGUUUUGCUUCACUUACUUGCUUUUCGAAGCAGGCCAGACUGCCUUUGCCCAAUUGCUGUCCGACCUUUGCGCGGGCAGCGGCAGCUUGAUUCAGUGGAAUUUCCAGUGAAUUCACAGGGGUGUCUCAGAGCCAGUUUCUUUAUUUUUUUGCACUUUGUUUCCCAUCAAGGCUUUGGGGGUGACAAAACCCACGCCGAACACACAAGAGCUUGAUGUGCCAGACUGACAGGGGCUCGAACCAGGGAAAGCUUGAAGGCGACAGACCGACAGGUUGCAGCCCGUGGUGCGCUGUCCAGCCUUGUCUUUGUUUCAACUUCUUAGGACGCAUGGCGCUCUUCCAACUUCUGUUGGCUUCUGCUUUCCACUUGGCUGCGGCUUCAUUCAAUGUGGUCUCUCCCGCCUUGGAGGCAGAAAUGGUGCUUAAAAAGGACCAGUGGUGGCACCUGGGGGGCUUUUGCUUUGGUCGGGAUGAUGGAGCACCUGUAGCCAGGCUUGUUGCGCGAGUCCAGUGGCAGGGUGAAAGGCCACUGGACGCCUCCACCAAGGUGUACCUGGUCGCCUUUGACGGUCGAAAGGACUAUUGGGGAGUGGCCCAGCAGGAGUGGGAGACUGCUGGCUGCGAAAGAAAGCUACAAGUUGCAACUGAUGCAAUUGAGCUGCAUGAGCCCUUCUUCCAAAAGGUCCUCCCGCCAAAUGUCGAAAAAGGCUUUGCCAUCAACAUUCGACAGAAGACUGCGAUGAGGGAUUGGCACUAUGCUGUAAUGGCUUGUGGCAGUGUAGAAGCUGCUCCGUUGAAACUGACAUUGGAAGCAGUUUCAGGAGCCCUCUCCGUGUUCGCAGCCAAUGACAACUUCGAUGAAAGCAGUUGCCCAGUCAUGCCAAUCAGCUGGUGGCAAGAAGCCCAAGUAGAAGCAGGCUUUUGGCUUUUGCUUUGUGCUGUAGCCAUUUGUAGUGCUUGCUUUGGCUUUAUCUUCCUCAUGGUGAGCCAGUGGCUCUUCAGCAGAAACAAGCGUGCCUAUAAAGAGAGCACUGAUGCCAACCAGGAGGUAGUCAUCGGCAAGCCUUGCCAAGCGCUAGACGGGGAUAUGGAUAUCGCAAACGGUCAGAUCAACACCGAGAAUGUGAAGUCCAAUCCAAAAGUGAGCCCGGAAGACGUUUGAAUGCAUUUUCUGAGGCAUGGGCCAUGUGCCAACAUGCCCAAACAUAGAAGAUUGCAUGUUCUUCUGAAAAAAGAGACACAAGCAUCUCCCUAGAGGAGUGCUGUGUCACUUACUGUAGUUCAUUCAGUUUUGCACGAUGCAAGCCUUUGAAUGAUCUUCUCCCAGGCGCGCUUAGCUUGUGUAGGGCAUAGCCGUUGCUGGGCACUGGGAUGAGAAGACAUCAAGCUAUCAAAGAGGCUUUGAAUUAAAAUCAUCGUGUUGACCUGCACUGGCACGACGGAGAAUCGCCGUGUGCCAUGGGUCCAGCCUGAUGCGAGACGCGCAGAUCGUCUCCGUUCCAAGAAAAAGAAAGGCGCCGGAGGACGUGGCGG